AUGGGUGUUAGUAAACACAUUUUACAAGCAAGAAAACCAAACAACAAACAAAGUAAAUAUACUCACCCAAAAUCGAAAGUUCAAUUUCAAGAAACCAAUAGAGAAGCAUUAGGAAAGAAGAACAGACAUUAUCCAAUUCCAAGAAACCAAAAAAGAAGCAUCAGAAAAGAAGAAUGGAUGUUAGUAAACACAUUUUACAAGCAAAAAAACCAAACAACAAAUGAAGUAAAUAUACCUAUCCAAAAUCAAAAGUCAAUUUCAAGAAACCAAUAA